AUGGAAUCAUGUAAAUAUUGCCAUAAGGAUGACCCUGAUAAGCCUCUUUGGGUCCAAUGUUCUCUAUGUCCACAGUGGGUUCAUGUAUCUUGUGUAUCUUUAAAACAUCUGCAAGAUCAAGAUGGUAAUGAAACAAAGGAAUACCCCCAGUCAUCAAAUGAGAUAAGCUAUUUCCAAUGUGAUGCACACGAGGGAGAUAGUAAAUUGAUAAAGAAGCUCGACAAGAGAAAAAGGAAAAGAAGAAGUCCUUUAGAAGAAGCUCCUUCUCCACCAAGGAAGAGAUACGGAUUGAGAAGAAAACAACAGAUUGAUUACAUUGCAUUGAAUGAAGGUGAUGAUAAAAAGCUGAAAAAAGUUCACCCACACGCUGAAGCAUUUCUCAAAUGCUUUGCCAAAUGGGAAAAUAAUUCCAAUCUAAUUGAUUCAGCCCAAUUGAAUGAUGGAUUCUUCCAAUUACGUGAACCUUUAAAAAUAGUAGAUCCGGAAAAUACGGGCAUGAGACUACCUAGGCCUCAAGAAUUGGGCCUGGCAGAUCAAGAAAGGUCUUUAACUGUCGACGAUAUUACCCAAAUAUUGGGCGGUGAAACUCCGGUUGAUGUGAUGGAUGUGCAAUCACAGCAGAACGAAAGAUGGACACUCUCACAAUGGAACCAGUAUUUCUCUAAAACGCCAGUAGAACAGAGAGAUAGAAUACGAAACGUUAUUUCACUAGAAGUAUCCCAUUUCGAUGAUCAAUUCCACAUCGAAAGACCCAAACCAGUGGAAGAAAAUGAUCUAGUUAAUAUAGUCUGGGAACAUAUGGGUAAUGACGAUCCAAAGCCCAAAGUGACAAGAUACAUUCUCAUGUCAUCAGGUAAUUCCUACACAGAUUUCCAUUUAGAUUUUGCAGGAACAUCAGUCUAUUACAAUUUAGUUUCUGGACACAAGAAAUUCAUACUUUUCCCACCAACUGAUCACAAUUUGAAAGUCUAUACGGAUUGGUGUCAAGAUUUAAACCAAAAUCUGGUAUUCUUGGGUGAUUUAUUGGAUGAGGGCAUUGCCAUGGAGCUACAAGCAGGUGAUCUGUUCAUGUUACCGUCAGGAUGGAUCCAUGCAGUGUACACACCAGCGGAUUCGUUAAUCGUCGGUGGUAAUUUCCUAACAUUACGUGAUAUCGAAACGCAGUUGCAAGUGGUUCAUGUAGAGAAGUUGACAAAAGUUCCCAAAAGGUUCACUUUCCCAAUGUUCGACUUAGUAAUGGGCAAGACAUGCGAAUGGGCGGUCUCGCUCGGUGUACACAAUAACCAUUACAAAUUGACCAAAGACGCACUUAUUGUCUUGCUGAAUUACAUGAAGCUCCAAGAUACUAAAUACAAGCCAUUAAAAUAUCCUUCCAAAAGGUCUAUGAUCAAGAAGUUGGAGGAAUUGAUUGACCUGAAGGAUUGA